AUGCUUGCAUCCUCCGAGAGGCGGUUUCUCUGGAGGUAUUUCAUAUCCAUAAUCGAAUCUGAGUAUCUAUGCGCGGAUUGGGAAGAUGUUGGACACUUUUACAACUUUCAACACCCAUACACCACCACUCUACCGGGCAUGGCACUCUCCAAUGCCGCCCUUCGAGGUGCCAUCCUUUGUUUCAGCGCCUCGCAGUACGAGCUAAAGCACAAGCAAAAGGCUUUUGACCGAACAAAAACGCUGGCAUGUUCCCAGGCCGUUCAAUCUAUGCGACAUCAGAUAGUCACGGGAGCCGAUGAUGAGCAAAGCCUGCUCUCCAUGAUCUUUGCAGCCAGCAUAUUGCACUAUUUUGGUCCCGAGAGGCACAAUUAUCUCAGGAUAGCAUCCAACCUCGUGCCUAGAUUCCUCUCAAAGUGGCAACCUCAUUCAAAUACGCCUACCACAUACCCAGAAGUCUCUCUCACGGAGUUUCGCUGGGGUUUAAUAACCUCUCUGUGUUCCCUACAGCAACCAGGCCCUCCUCUUGAUGACUUGACCUACAGGAUGAUUGAAAUGAGCGAAAGAGAAAUUAAGCAAAAGUUCUCAAAGGCUUUUGAGAGUUGGAUCAGUCACCCCAUAUUCAUGUUCUCUCCCCGCUUGAUCAACCCACUGCUUCGCAUCGGACGGCUGCUUGAAAAACAAUUAUUACGACUUCACGACUCACAUCCCCAAGGCCAAGACCUAUCAUGGGAAACUGAAGUGGCAGAGGUCGAAGAGAUGCUACUUCACGCGCGUGAAUGCGACGUCAAUGUACUGCAAUCUCCUCCGGGGUGUGGCGAUCCGGCCAAUGUGCUGGCCCUGAAUGAAGCAAUGUAUGCGGCAUGUGCGAUCCUUCUAUACGCCCGGAUCCACGGAGUCCCUUUUACCGCACCAUUUGUCCGCCGACAAACCCAGCUAGUCGUUGAUGAGAUUUCAAAAAUAGACGUCAAGUCCCGGGUCUCCUACGCCAUCGUCUUCCCUCUGUUUGUUGCCGGUUGCGAGGCUGUAGAGCCACAAGCGCGAAUGGCCAUCAGAGAAAGACUACAAAACCCGCAGGGGGUUUCAUAUGACCGUGGAGAUAUGGUUGGUGCAUUGGAUCAUAUAUGGGAGAUUAGGGAUUUACGUCCAGGUCUCUUGUGGCCCCAAUGGGUUGAUGAACUUGAGUCACGCUAUCGGGUUAGCUGUCUUAUGUAG